AUGUAUCGCAAGAAAGACAAAAGAAAACAGGAAGAAAAAGUAAUUCCGAGUAAACCACCGGAAAAUUUUGUUGCUCACAUUGGUUUAUAUAUGUAUCAUGAUCCAGCACGAAUCCUUAGUCGUACUGAGCAAGGGAACCUCUUAUAUAAGAAAUCAGUGCAAUUAUUCAGAAGCGACGAACAUGAAAACAGGAUUGGAGAGGAAUAUGACCAAUCAGAGGAUACGAAUUGUGUGGAAAAUACGAAAACAUUUAAUUUUUCAAGGGGAAAUAAAACUAAUGUGAACGGAGAGGGAAAAUGA